AGAGGAAUCGGUUCCGGGUGCGAGUAGCUGUGGGAGCGGGCGGGAAGCGGCGGUGGGAGCGGGCAGGAGACGGGCCGGGCCGGGCCGGGCCGCUGACCCGCCAUGUGAGAGACGCUGACAGCUCCAGGCAAGCAAUUGUGAGGAAGACAAUUUGAGAAUAAGGGACGAAGGUGGCCCUUGGACUUCAGUUUCACAACUGCUUUCUUUGGAUAUUUGCUCAAAUAAGAGGCUUCUGUUUGUUUUUUUCUAUGAAAUGCUAAAUAUGCAGUUCCAAUAAUUUCCCUGCUGCACCCUACUAAGUAUUGAGAAUAGGUUUGUAGUGUUACUGAUAUUAGCAUGUGUGUAUUUAUGUGUGUAUGCAUAUACAUACAUAUAAAUUAAUUGUUUUCAAUUUUGAUGUUAAAAUCAUCCACUCCUUCAAGUGGUUUUCUAUUCAUCAUGUUGUGAAUGUUGGUGAGGUAAAAAUAAAUCCUUUUCAAUUUUUAUUAGAUAAAAGUCUGAAGUUAGUAAAAAAUUUUCUGCAAAGAGUGUUGGGGUUUAAUGUAUUGCUCACCCAUGCAAAUGAUGGGAUCAUGUUCUGUGACGCUUUAGGAGUCCUUGCCUGACAGACAUGAGUUUUACUCUUGAUUUCACUGUAGAUGUUUAGUACUUUGAGUAGACUGUUACUUCUCUGUCUGCAGAGGAGGGCUAACGAUGUUGGCUUUCACUGUAGUGUUCCGAUAUCUACUGAUGAAAGUGUGCAAGAACUAAGUUUUCUAGUAACUACAUUUCAGCCUGUACUAACUGGCUUCAGUUUCUGAGGAAACUGGAGUUUUCCUGCAUUUUUAUAAGGUAAUGUAAUGAAGUUUCCAAUUGCUGUGUAGUCUCUACUACUAUAACAGAUUCUGUAUUUUAGUCUAAAAUAGAAGUGAAGCAGACUCAUUUUCAAAGCUGUUUUCCAAUGAAUAAUAAGACAUAUGCACCUUUUAAUGUAUGCUUUACUACACAUAAUUCACUAUUUCAAGUUUUGGCCAAACUGUCUAUAUUUGCUUUGAUUCCAAUGGGCACUUUUUUAAGCUUAGUUCAAGCUUUCCCAAAACUUAACACACGUUGUGAAUUAAAUCUUUAGAGUGAUUUGUGAAUGGUUAACAUUUGGAGGAAUGAGGAUUUGAAAUCCUAUUUUGUUACAAAAGGAACUAAUGGCUUCCAUAGCCAUUUAUUUUUGAGAUGUGGUCAUUUCCAUAACUUUUGCAUCACUGUUAUUAGACUACUAGAAAGGUAGCUUAGUUUUCAUUUAGGGUUUGGUAUUUGGUUGGGUGGGGUUUUUUUGAUGGCUUUUGAAUCAGGAAUCAACCAUACUGUAGACUGUUCAAAACAGUACUGAGCUUAACAAAAGUAUAGGCCAGGAGUGUAUAUGUAAACAUAGGCUUGUGCUAGCUGUUUUUAAUCAUACUGGCAGUUUUAUUUACCUGUCAGAGGCAAAUCUAACAGAACGAUGUGUUGAACUGAGCUGGAAAUGGUUUUGAGAUCACUGUAGAUGUAAAAGAUGCUGUAAAUAAAAUGCAUUUUAUCCUGUUGGAGAAGCUGCAAACAAAACGAAACUUCAUGCUGCAGCAGAAAUAUUAACAGAAUUUUCUGUUGUGCUGUAGCAUCUCUUAGGAUCUGCAUAUGAUCUCUUUGAUGAACUUCCAUCUGAGUCCAUGGCAGUCACUUAUGUAUUCAGAGAUACCAAAAUUUCAUGUUAACAGGCGGCAGUUUCUCUGGUUGUACUUUCCAGUGUGCCUAAGUUUAAAUAUAUUUGAGUGAGUUUAAAAACAAAGACUGCAAAUCAACCUAAGCAGAGAUUUUGUUUGAUUUUAUUCUUCUACGGAUAAUAAUGCUUCUAGAAUUCGGCUUUGUAAUUCUUUGGAAACCAAGAGUUCACAAAAGAAGAGUAUAAGUAAGAAUGAUUUAGGAAAUGAUCUUGUUUGACAUGACAAAUACUUGAGUAGUAAGUCCAUACUUGUUUAAUGUUCCAUUCAAGGGAAGCUUUGAAAGAAGAUGGAUGAAACUGUCACUUUAUGUGGUCAAGCAGAUAUUUGCAAUUUUACCACCAAUCUUAAAGCCUAUUGCUUUGUGUCAUUAAUUUCUUUGGUUUUAGUUAACAGGCACGUGCUUGUGAAUUACUGCCUCGAGAGAACAUCUAGGUGGCCAGAUUCAGAAAGAGCAAAGUUUUCAACAAUUUUUUUGCUUACUGUAGUGCUAUGAUUUAUGUGAUAAAUGUUAUGCUAAAGAGCUUUUAAACAUUAGUUCUAUGUAGUGCAGUCAAAGUUUAGAAAAAUCUAGUUAGUAUACAAAGGCUUAUUUUGUAUAUCCCUUCCAUUAAGCUCCAAGCAUUCCCUUAAGUAUCAAGUGGAAACGUUCCCCCAAUCAUCCUUUCUGUGGUUUAAAAGAAUUGUUUUAAAUUUAUAAAUACAUAUGUCUAUGUAUGUCUAUGAUUUUAGUGCAUAAAUUACAUGGAGAAGUAUGUCAUUAGGUGUAUUUUCUGUCACCAGGAGGAUGCCUCUGGCAGUGUGUUGUGUAUACCACAAAAUAGACUGCAAGGAUGAGCUGAAAAUACACAAGGCUCUACUUUUAUUAUUUAUUGUGUGUGUUUCUGGAAAAACUUUUGGUGCAAUUGAUUUUUAAAUCUGCAGAAACGAGUAGUAUCUGAUUAUCUCACUCAAGAUAAAUAUAAAAUAAUUUAGUCUCCUUCAUGAUCUUUAACGGCUGGAGAGUUCUUAAGAAAAUGGCUACUCGAAUUUAGGAAGAAUUGAUGCAAAAGCAAAUGCUAUGUAUUUACAUAGUACUGUUUAUAUUAUUAUAAGUGUGUUGUAGUUCUGCACAAAACUAUCUCAAUUGUUGGGAUAGUAGCUUUUUUUUUUUCCUCCUUUUUUUUUUUUUUUUUUUUUUUUUUUUUUUUUUUUUUUUUUUUUAAUGACUGCAGUGUUAAAAUCUGUUUUCUAGCUGUAGGGAAGCUUACCAUACUUUAGGGGCCAGAUUUUCAGUGAAGCAGUGGUGCUGUGUGUCCUGCUACAUAAGGCCAUCCAAGGGCACUAUAUGUUGACUUUUAAAAGAGAAUAUAAUACUUUACUGUUAUGAGAGGUAUAAACUGGUAAAAGAUUAUAUGAUCAGUUUCUUCCCUGUUUCGAAAGAUUAUUUAAAGAGGACUGUCUUAGAAAUGCCCCUAGACUGUGACAUAUCUGAUUGCAGUUUUUCUUUCGUACAGCUAGCAUUAAUUAUUGUGGCUGCUGUAAUCUGAAGACUAAGGCAAAUACAAACUGAAAGGAGUGAGAGUGAUGAAGAUUUUUGCCCUAAAACUUCCAUGAUCACAGCCGAUUGGGUUGCAUUCUUAGGUUGAAAUUCUCUUGAGUGAUGAUACAUUUUUGCAAUGAUGUCUUAAGUUCUCACAGAUGGUGCAGUAAAUACUGAAUCCUACAAAAUGCAGGGGAGGAGUGUGCUGAUUUAUACAAAUACCUGUUUCUGUUCUUGCUUUUUCUCUGUAUUCUGAGCAGUAAUGUAUGGAGUAUCCAUUCUUGGUGUCACAGAGCACUUUUUUUAUUUUAAUCUUAAUUUUCUUUAUGAUCCUCCUAACUUUUCUAUGUACUUUUCAGACACAUGCUACAACAGUAAUGAUUUGUAAUGUGUUUUUUUCCCAAGGAACCCAUGUUGCAGAACUAACUAAAGAAAAUGCAAGGGAUCUUUUCUCACACCUUUGUGUGAGUUAAAAUGAGCAUUAUUUGUAUCAUUCACCUGUCUAUGAGAACGGCGAAUCAUACAUCAGUGAGUGAAAGAAAUUAAACAGGUGCAGACUUGGAAGCAGAAACUAAUACGACGUUGGCAGACAUACAGCUUCGUGUUGUAGUUAUAUGAUGCUUCCCUGCUGCUACUGUAUGAUGUCAGUAAAAUUAAAUACCAAAUGUGUUUUGUCACCAUCUAUUCUUGUUUUUUUAAGUGAAAUAAGAGCUUUCAUAGAACAUAUUUUUUAAAGUAAGUUUCUUUUGAAAUCUAACAAGAAAUGUUAAAUGCCUAUCACUCUCAUGUUCACAGGUUACUUCAAUGAACACUUUUGUUUGAAGAUAUAGGGCAGUGAUCCACUAUUAGUAAAUUCGUACUAUGGUCUACGUUUGCUGUAUAAGACCCUGAUGAAUAAAUGUAAUGCAGAUGCAAAGAGAAUUGAUAUGAUUCUUUUGAGUGUGACUGGAUCAUCUCCUACAGAAAUAGACAGGAAGCUCAACAGAGAGCCCUGCUACGACUUAGUGAACUUAGUGUCCAUUUCUGGCCUGUGCUUUAAAACUAGAAAGCCUUCAGCCAAUUUCUUGGAUACAUAAUAUCUAUGAAAACCUUAAACACUUUGAUCUACUUACACAGGAAGGUUGAGAGAGGACCUAUUCAUAGACAGGUGCCCAGAGGUGCACUUAAGUUUUACAGGACUUUAACCUAACAUUACACUAUCCCACAGUCAGGGAUGGAAGCUAAAGCAAGACAAAAUGCAUUACUUUUUAACAAUGAGAGUACCUAACAUUGCUAUGAGUUGUCUUAGUUUUCACUACCCCCAAAAUGCUUGAGUUUGUAUAAUACAAAUAAAAUUGUCUUCAUUCUGAACUACUGUACUGUGGUCUUGGACCUAAAGAACACAGGUUACCUCUGUAUGUGUUGAAAUAUCAUGGAACGUACUGGAUGUGACUUCUGACUAUACAUUAAUUUUUUUUUUUUCUUCACCUCUGCUAAUUCUAUAAAGAAUUGUUAUGUGAAUUAAAGUAAUUAUAUUCUCAUUGCUUUGGGAAGCAAAGCUUCCUUAUGACUGUCUGGUUACCUGUAGAGAGAAUUUUUUUCAUUAGAGUGUACAGUGGAUGUGUCCAAAGUUAAUCUGAGUUUUUAGAGUACCUUUCUGCUUCAGUUUAACACUACUCACCUCACGCCAAAAGAGAAGAGGUUAGGGAGACAUUUCAACUUGGAGGAGGGUGUUAAAAAAUUGAGGGUUUCUUAUUAGUCUUUUCAAACUGCAGUGAUCUUCCAGGACUGUUUCAGAAGUACUUCAACCAUAAAUCGUGUUGUCUUGAAAGAGCUACUGGCCUGCCAGCAUUGAUGAAUAAUUGAGUAUUGUUAUGGUACAGUACCCUCCUGAACAAUAUUUUGGUUAAUUCUACUGGAAUUUGAUUAUGGAACUGCUAACUUGAUUCUGUAUACAAAUAAAAUAAAACAAAACCUUCUUGUGUAUGGGAAUAUAAUCUAAAGAUUACUUUUAUUUUCUAGAUAGUGACACUGGGGAUUUAUGUGAAUAAAUAAGAUCAUUCUUCUUCUAACCAUUAUUUAUCAAUAAAACAUUGCUAGUCAUGCCUGCUUCUCUGAUGUGUGUAAUGCCCAGAUUUUUUCCCCGGGUCUUGCCUUCCUAAAUUGGUGCGAGAAAGUUGGGGUGCCCUGGUACUAACCCCAGCAAAAUUACUGCAGUCUUAGUGCUGUUCCUGCUACAGUCCUGCCUACUCCUGAAUGUGGUGUUCGUUGGCACCCUCAUCAGUUCCAGGACCUCUUCAACUAGAGAUUUCAGAGUUUGGCUGAAAGCAAAAGAAGGGUUCCCUUCUGUCAAGUGCUGCUGUUGUUCAAAAUUCGUGUUAUUUAACCCUAGCUUUCUACAGAUGUUUUCAAGAUCACAGGAAGCAUGCAUCUUCAAAGGAAGAAACUAAGGUGGAAGAGUAGUCACAAGUGCGUGCUGUAGCUUGUUCACUUUCUCUUUUAAGAGCAGUUGGGUAUAGAAACUCAUUGUCCACUGCUUUUUGGGCUGUGUUUUGUGUACUUGAUCUGUUCGUUUGCUUUCAAAGCAAUACUGUAUGUUCCUUUGAUGCCCAUUUCUGGUUUUUACUGCUUACCUGCUACACUUGACAGCGAGACUUACAGACCUUACUCCACCAUCCUUUCCACUCACUAUGAGGAUUUGUGCUGUUUACUCCUAACAUUUUAAGGAAAAUAAGCUGCUUUGUUUCCCAAAAGGAAGAUGAAACAACUCUGAGAACAAGGAUGUGGAAUUGCUUAUAGAUAUAGAUGCCUAUGGAGAUAAUUAGAUGUUCUAACAGAGUUGUGAUCUGCAAGGAUUGGUGAGGAUCCCUUUCCUCUUGGUGUACCUCUCUUCCUGGUUCUCAUGCUUUCUCUGGCAUGUGUUCACAGUUCAUUUUCAAUGUGUGGCCAUGUCCUAGGGAGCAUGAAUUUAUCUAGAGAUGCUAAGAUGCCAUGAUCAAAAGAACAUAAUUUUUUUUCUCCAUGGUAAGGCAUAAAAUGUCCAUCUUCUUUCUACUCAGGUGCCUAUCCUUAAUUCAUUCCUUCUGUCUGGACUAGUGCUAGUGGUGACAGGUUGCAUUUUAAUAUUUGGUCUAGGACUAAGUUUUUCCCCAUUUCACUGAGUAAGAGCCCUUAGGGAGGUAUGGGGCAAGGAGGAAGGCCGCUUUCUAUAUAUUGGCAAACUUUCUGUACAUUCUAGACUCAAAAAAAAAGGAGUAAUUUCUGAUGGGAUUUGAGUGAGGCUUGACCAAGAUCUGGUUCCUCAGCUCAAGGAUCCAAAAUGAUGAAGGAAUGACAAGUUAUUGUUCCUGGGGACUGGUCUUGCAGUUUAUUCACAGUCCUCAACCUAGGUAACUUGUCAAUUCAUGUCACUUCAGGUCAACAAAAGCUCUUCCUCCACUUAGCAAAGAGAAGCUUAAUCAGGAAUGUCCUGAUGUUGCGUCUGUGCAUAGCUCAUAAGCCCCACAAAUUAAAGGUAGUGACCUAUGUUGGGUUUGUAAGGAAGCCUGCUGCCCUGUCAAAUGAGAGGGAAGUUGACAAACAUGUGUCCUAACUGCUGAGACUUCUGUCUUCCCAAUGGAGUGGAUUCAUCUGCUAGGGACUUGAACAGUGGUUCUUUGCACAACAUGUAGGGAUGCUCGGAAUAACAAGGUUAAUCUUGCCGCUUAACUACACCACUGUUAGAUUGGGUUUUGUUUGUUUGUUGUAAUGUUUGAUUUCUGACCUAUGUCUGACUUGCAUUGGUUCACAAGCUUUGAAUCAUUUCAUAGCUUUGUUUGCUGAAUAAAAGAACCGUCGUGCCAAAGCUAUCUUUGUAUAGAUGGCUGCGAUCGCAUCACUUCUGUUAACCACCUUUUAGUCCUUAUUUCCCUCAUUGGAUAUAAGAGCAUAUAAAACGUCUUUUCACCUGCUUUUACAUAACAACUGUAAAAACUCAGAUGAAGUCUGGUUUACCCACUUUAAUCUGUGACACAUUGGUAACUUAAAGAACAUGUUUAGCAGCUCUGGUAACCUGAUUUUGAAUGCCCUGGGACAGUUUUUGACAGUUUUCUAAAUCAAACAUAAUGUUAGUCAAGUCAGGAAGCUGGCUGUCUUGUUUCUCUGCUGAAAAGAACUUCCAUUUGUGAAGAUUAUGAAUGUUAGUUUUAAGUGACAGUCAGCUGAUAUAGCUCCAGUUCUCCCUUGUAGGCUUUUUAUCAUAUUCCUACCUGUUGAUUUUAUUUUUAGAGUGCCUGAAUUUUCAUAAUUUUAUUUAAAUUGUUCAUAUGUCCCAUUACAGCAUGUAACAUAAGACAUAAAUAGAAAAAAAAAUCUACUAGUAUGUUGUGAUACAUUGGACAUGCUUCCUGCAUCAGAAGUCAAUGGAUGAUGUUGAGAUCAAUUUGUUCAAUUGGAAAAGCAGAUUACUCUUUACAUCAGUAGAAAUGGACAGCAGCAGUUUCAUUCAGUUUGAUGUGCCCGAGUACAGCAACACUGUUCUGAGCCAGUUAAAUGAACUCCGCUUGCAAGGAAAGCUAUGUGACAUAAUUGUGCAUAUUCAGGGUCAGCCAUUUCGAGCCCAUAAAGCUGUCUUAGCUGCCAGUUCUCCCUAUUUCCGUGACCAUUCAGCAUUAAGCACCAUGAGUGGCUUAUCAAUAUCAGUUAUUAAAAAUCCCAAUGUUUUUGAACAGCUGCUUUCUUUUUGUUACACUGGAAGGAUGUCCUUACAGCUGAAGGAUGUUGUUAGUUUUCUAACUGCAGCUAGCUUUCUACAGAUGCAGUGCGUCAUUGAUAAAUGCACACAGAUACUGGAGAGUAUUCAUUCAAAGAUCAGUGUUGGUGAUGUUGACUCUGUCACUGUUGGUGCUGAAGAAAAUUCAGAAAAUCGCAAUGGAGUUAAAGACAGCAGCUACUUUGCCAAUCCUAUUGAGAUAUCUCCCCCCUAUUGCUCUCAGGUGCGACAGUCAACAGCAGGCAGCGAUCUUAGGAUGGAAACUACUCCAGGCAAAACUCUGCGUAGUCGUCUGCAAGAAGAAGGGCAUUCAGAUCGAGGAAGCAGUGGGAGUAUCUCUGAAUAUGAGAUUCAGAUUGAAGGUGAUCAUGAGCACGGAGACCUGAUAGUAAGGGAAAGUCAGAUUGCAGAGGUGAAAGUUAAAAUGGAGAAGUCUGACAGGCCAAGCUGCUCUGAUAGCUCUUCCCUUGGUGAUGAUGGAUAUCAUACUGAAAUGGUGGAUGGAGAGCAAGUGGUGGCAGUAAAUGUUGGUUCCUAUGGGUCUGUCUUACAACAUGUUUAUUCGUUCACCCAUGCCUCGUCACAGGCUACAGGUGUGCCUGAAGCCUUCGGAAGCUUGAGCAAUACAAGUCCUUCAAGGUCAAUGCUGAGCUGUUUCAGAGGGGGUCGUGCACGCCAAAAACGGGUAUCCGCUGGUCACUUGCAUAGUGAUGUUCAGGGCUUGGUGCAAGGGGCUGACAGUGAAUCCAUGGUGAGUAACCCAGGAUAUGAAAAUAGUCCACGGGAAAGAAAUACAAGAGGUCAUUGGUAUCCAUACAACGAGAGGCUAAUUUGUAUUUACUGUGGAAAGUCUUUCAACCAGAAGGGGAGCCUUGAUCGACACAUGCGAUUGCACAUGGGAAUUACUCCUUUCGUGUGCAAAUACUGUGGGAAGAAGUAUACCCGCAAGGACCAACUUGAGUAUCAUAUUCGUGGUCACACAGAUGACAAGCCCUUUCGCUGUGAGAUCUGUGGGAAAUGUUUUCCUUUCCAGGGUACACUAAACCAGCAUUUGCGAAAAAAUCACCCUGGGGUAACAGAAGUAAGAAACAGGGUAGAGUCUCCAGACAGAACAGAAGCGUUUGUGGAACAGAAAGUAGAUAAUGAUGCUUCGGCUUCUGAAGCUAUGGAUUCUAGUAUGGAAAUUCAUGCAAUGUCUAACACAUCUGAUUAAAAUACUACUUCUAAGUGCAACACAAACAAGCACAUUACUAAUGUAUUUUUUAAAUCUUUUAUUCUUUUAGUAAUCUUCAGUACAAGUGUAACAGCCUUUUAAUUUUCCUGACCUUCUGGAAAUCAGUUUGAAAUGGUUUCUGGAGAAGACUACAUAAGUAUUCUUUGUUUUUGAAGGAGGCUGGGUUAUUUGGGUUUUUUUUACUUUUGAAGAUGCUCAAAAUAUAAAAGGCAAUGUACUGGGGAAAGGAUAGGAAGAUUCUGCUAAAGUGUCCCUACUGUUUGAUCUGGUGAGACACAAAUUCCAGUGGAGAAAGAUAUUAGAAUAAGAUUGACAGCUCUGCUGGAUAUACCAAGAAGCUGUAAUCUCCCUUAUUUCUUAAAUCCUGUUGCUCGUAAUGAGUUACACAGCAGUGGGGAGAGAGAAUAUUAUAGCUUUGAUUCCUUCUGUGUGUCACAAUGAAAUCUGUUUGCUUUUACUGUUUUUGGUAGUUAGUUUGUUUAUAUAUAUAAAUUUGCUUUAUAUAUAUAAAAUGCUUUCACUUUUCCUAUUCUGGUUGAGGUGAAUGUAAAAGUAUGUCAAGGUUUAUACCAUGUACCACUCUUUCAACUGCUAGGUCUCCUCUCUGCUUAGGAUUUAGGACUUUGGACUUUGGGAGGAUGGUUUUGGUUUUAAAAGAAUGUUGUUUGGUUUUCAUUUUAUUACACUGUUACUUUGUGUGCAAAAGUGAGCAAAGUUAAUUGUUUUAAUAGCUUUGCUUUAUGACAUAUGUAAACCAAAUGCCAUAAAUCUAUUAAAUUAUGGUUAAAUUGUUGAGGGGUUUUGUUAGUUGUCUAGAACGCAAGCUGGACAACCUGUGGUGCUGACCUUUUUAUAUAUAUAGAGAUAGAUAUAGAUAUAUCUAUAUAUAUAUAUAUAUAUAUAUAAAAAAAUAUUAGCAAACCUAAAAGUAGCAUUGUGGUUUUAAAUGUGUUUUUACUGGCCUCAGAAUCUACCUUCAUUUCGUACUGUAGAACCAUACCAGGUAAUUAAAUUUAACUUCAUCACUCUUCAUGGUUGGUUAAAACCUGAGAGAGAUGUUGUAGUUUAAACUACAGUAUUUCCAAGCAGUGUUUUAAUAGGUCUCUUUACAGAGAGCUGUUUUCAGGUGCACAUUGACUUCCUACUUAAUGCUCCAAGUGAUAUGUCAGCACUUGGAAUUUGUACUUUUUUUUGUAUAAAAAAAACAAAUACUCUAUGGGAAUUUCGAGCAAUAUGUCUGUUAUUUCAUGUGUGAGUAUUACAGAGUUGCUAUGGCUUCCCUACUAUUUUCAGUGGUUGUUUUCUGCAUAAAGGAACUACCAACAACUUUAAAAAUACUCUAAAUCUUUUUGUUUCACCAAAUGUUUUUUUAAUAUGGUGCUAACUUCAUCAUUUAGGUCAGUAUAAUAUAUAAAAUGUGAAAUAUAAUGGUAACAGUUAAGCAAAAGCAAAAAAAAAAAAAAACCACACAAAAAAAACCAAACAAAAACCAACAACAAACAAACAAGUAAAAACCCACCCCAAACAAACACACCACAACAAAAAAAACCAACAAUAGCUUAAGAGACCUCAAAAGCAUGAACUGGCAAACACUACUGUGUAAAAUUCUACCUGAUGAACAGAUUUAAAUUAAUCACAUGCUUCUUUAAAAUGCAGGUUUUAUAUAAUUGGGCCUUAUGUUUGUUUAGUAAAUAUUGAAAAUACAUCUGUGAACAUGCUGUUUAAGUCCUGAAAUUUAGAAAAGAAAAGCUCAUUCCUAAAUUACGGGAAAGCAAAAAGGUAGGUUUGCUAUCUUGUAAAGCUUUUUUGGCUCCUGUGAAGUCAGGGCAUAUUUGUGCAGUAACUUUAUUAAAUACACUAGUUCUUAAUAUUGUGACAGUCUGCAAUAAGAAUUAAUUUCACUAAAUACAGAUUUACAGUAUAAACCCCACCUGCUCCAUUGGAGCAGUUUCAGUUAAAUUCAGUACAUAAUUUGCCUCUUUGUCCUAAAACUGCAUAAAUAAAGAGGCAGAGGGUGGGGAGAUACUUCUCUCCUUGAAGCAACAAUACAACUUUUGUUUCCAGUAAGGGAAAGUAUAUGUCUGUGUCUAGGGAAGGUAGUCUAUAUGUUUACCCACUUAAAAACAUGUUGGUGUUUCUGAUACUGUUUUUUUCCUAAAUGUUUGUUUUAAGUAAUUAAAUGAAAAAAAAAAAAAACAAAAAGUGUUUUGAUAAAUUAAGUUUGAGACAUGCAAAAUUCAAGAAAUGUACAGUUAUUCUUAACCCUUUAUCUUGGACCUGUGCUGUGGUGCCUUUGGUGUGACUUUUUCCAUGGAAGUAUGAGUUGAGGAUAGCAGGAUAUGGGUACUAAUUUUAUAUUUCUUGAAUUUCUCUGUGUCACAAUCUUAACAUUAUUUAAAUCUAGUUCUUUGUAUUUGUAAAUGUAUUAAAAUGGUUUGAGUUUACCAAAGAGUGACUUAUCCAAAAUUGUCUCUGACAAAAACAAACAAAAAACCAACAUCACUUUGAUUGUACAGGUUCAGGUUCAAAACAUUGUAACGGGACUGUUAAGAGGCAGGAAAUAAUCACUUUUUCUACAAAAUCAUGAUUCAGCAGUUGCAAGUUCUGCUUGCUCCUAUUCGUGUUGAUAUGCCAUUUACCCUUUCCACUGCUAGCAGUGUUAAUAAUUAUCAAGCCAUAACACAGUACUGUAAAGUUCAGCAGUGCUUCAAAGGAUGCAUAUGUAGGUGAGCAUAAAACAUCAUCAGGCAUUACAUUUACACUUACAAAGUGUGUGACUCUGGUAGAAAACGAACUUCAAACCUGGCAACAGCAAUUAAAUUGUGCCUUGUCACAUAAUGGUAUGCCAGGAUUAACAUUGUCAUGAAACAUGAAGCAUUAUCUGACUGAAGUUCAUUUCACAAGUCCACCAAAACAGAGUAUGCUGUGUUAUUUUAAGCAAAUUAUGGAAGUACUGUACAGUGUCUUGUGUCUGUACAGUUUUAAGUUAGCACAGAGCUGUUACACAUUUCAUUUACAAUAAAUGCAGAAGUCAAUAAAAUAUGUGAAGAAAUAUUUGACAGCAAAAUAAAUCAUGAAAUUAUAUAGGCUGGUUCAUAAUUGAGUCUCUUCUUAAUCUACCUUUUUAAUUAUAGACAAAUGUGAAAACAGUGACAGUGUCCUUUCCUGUAGAUGUUUAACCUAUUAUGACAAACUGUGAAAAUAAAGGAUUUUAUACCUUUGCUAAUGUUUGUGGGUUUAAACAGUUUUUUUAGUUUUCUUCAUCAGUUAUCUUCCAUAUUAUUUCUUUUAAACUUGUAAAUACAUUUAGAAAAUAGCUUUGUAAAUACUUACAGUAUAUUAAAAGUUCAGUUUGGUCAAUAAGGCCUCAAGAUUGGCUCUGCUUUUUUAGUGUGAAAUCUUUCAAUAGCAUAAAGGAUACUGUCAAUUCACUGUUCAGCAGAAUAUACUGUAGGCCUAAAUUGAUAGUUCUUAAUGCAGUCUUCCCAAGCAUAAAUUCAUGUUUUAUGCUGAAGCCUUUGGUUUACUUUUAGAUAAAACGAUGAGGCCUCUUAAUAUAUUUAGGCUGAAUUAUGGGAAGAACAGCAGGAAUAAAAUCAAGGGCUGGGAAAAGAUUGAAUGAGCUUUACCUUUAAAUAUAUAUAUAUAUAUCUUAUUUGAAUUUUUGUAUUAGUUUACUGUGAUUCUUUUAUUGUCAUUUUUCUAAACAGGUUUCACAUGAAACCAUUGAAAGGGACUCAAAUAUGCAACACCUAAUCUAUUUUCCAAGGGAAUUUUACCCUUGAAUGGUGCUUUUUGACUGGUCAGGGUUAUUUAUUAAAUUUUAUAUUUGAAAGUAUUUGGGGAAUUAUGUAAAUUCUUUAUAUGAAUCUGUUUAUUUCAUGAAUUGUAAAUUUCAUAAUACUCAGUGAUUGAAUUGGAAGUUUAGUAAAGUCAUUCAAAAUGUUCAAAGUUUAUAAUCUGUGUGCAUUUUACAUAUAUUUUAACAAGUGCCAGAAUAGUUGUAUUUAAUAUUGUAGAUUUAAUACUACUUGCGCAUCCCUGUGACAGCAUUAACUUAAGUUACGCAAGUUUACAUUUAAAAAAAAAAAUGCUAAACAAACAAGUAAGCCUGGGACAUGUGUUCCUGUGUUUCUUCAGGGGAUGUGAAGCUAAGUAUCAGUAACUGAGCAGGUUUGCUUCUAGUUUAUGUAAGUAACUCCUGCUAUGGUAGAUACAAUAAACUGCUGUCUCUCCCAUUUACAUAUGCUAUGAAUUCAGCCUUUGGACUUGUAUUGCAAGCCUCUGGUUGUAUAUCUGAUUAGAGGUAGAGCUCUUGCACGAUUUUAACAGUGUUUGUUUCUGACUGAAAAAUUGUAUUUUUAAAUAACUUUUUAUUUGUAUGGUUGUUUUUCAUGAUAAAUAAUUGAACAGUUUGAAUGACUUGACUUGGUGUCAUUAUCUUGCAAUAUAAACCGGUAACCUCACAACUCCACACUUCAUCACCAUAUGAAGUAAAUGAAGCUAGCUAAGCUGAUGCUGUAACAAUUAAUAACUUGCCAUUAAGGAUUAUUUUAUAGCAUGAAUUUAAAAAUAUUUAUUCAAAUGAUAUUUUACUCUUGUAUUCACUUUGGUUUUAGAUUUGUGACAUGAAUAUUUCAGUGCUGCUUCAUUUUGUUCUGAUGAAUUUGUUUCUUGCUUGUAAAUUGCUUUUUUUAUGGUAUAAAGUCAAUGGGAAUUGCUGUUUGUAAAUUAAAAUGCUUCUAGAGCAAA